CGGGCCCUAUUUAUUCGUUGUUUUUUAAUCAUCAAUCCAACCUCGUGGUCUUUCGAUUUAUUCUUUUACAAAAAUCAUCAUGGAAGAAAUCGAAGCAUCAAAUCUUGAAAAGACCAUUCUAUCCAGCCCAUUGGUCGCCAUAAUAUUCUAUGCAAAAAACGAUGAACGAUGUUCGCAAAUUCUGGAUUUCAUUCCUGAACUUGCUGCUCAGGAUGAAUUCAAAAAAUUCAAAUUUUUUAAAGUUGAUGCUGUUUCGGGAAUAUUUGCCGUUCGUUCUGUGCCAACAAUAAUUAUGUUUCGUAAUGGCAAUGAAAUUGAUCGUGUAGUUGGUGUCGAUACAUCAGCUAUAACACAAAAGCUUCGAAAAAUUGUUGAAUCGAAUCGUUCAAUCGAACAGCGAUUAGUAUCUUUGAUUAAUCAACAGCCAAUUAUGGUUUUCAUUAAAGGAACUCCCGAACAACCAAGAUGUGGAUUCACCCGAACACUGCUCUCAAUAUUGAAAGAAAUGAACGUACAAUUCGGUUAUUUUGACAUUCUCAGCGAUGAAGAAGUACGACAAAGUUUAAAAUCCUAUUCAAAAUGGCCAACAUAUCCUCAAUUAUAUGUAAAAGGUUCAUUGAUAGGUGGUUUGGACAUUAUACAAGAUUUACGUGAAAAUGGUGAAUUGGAAAAUGCAUUGAAAUGUUAAAACUAACAAUUGUUUACUAA